GCGGCGCAGGCGCGGCAAGAUGGCGGCGGGGUUCAAAACCGUGGAACCUCUGGAGUAUUACAGAAGAUUUCUGAAAGAAAACUGCCGCCCAGAUGGAAGGGAACUUGGUGAAUUCAGAACCACAACUGUCAACAUAGGUUCCAUUAGUACUGCAGAUGGCUCGGCUUUAGUGAAGCUGGGAAAUACUACAGUUAUUUGUGGAGUGAAAGCGGAAUUUGCAACUCCACCAACAGAUGCCCCUGAUAAAGGAUAUAUUGUUCCUAAUGUAGAUCUUCCACCCCUGUGUUCUUCAAGAUUUCGGGCUGGACCUCCUGGAGAAGAGGCCCAGGUGACUAGCCAGUUCAUUGCAGAUGUCAUUGAAAACUCACAGGUAAUUCAGAAAGAGGACUUGUGCAUCUCUCCAGGAAAGCUUGCUUGGGUUCUGUACUGUGAUCUCAUCUGCCUCGACUAUGAUGGGAACAUUUUGGAUGCCUGCACGUUUGCUUUGUUAGCGGCUUUAAAGGAUGUACAGUUGCCAGAAGUUACUAUAAACGAAGAAACUGCUUUAGCAGAAGUAAAUUUAAAGAAGAAAAGUUAUUUGAAUAUUGGAACACACCCAGUCGCAACGUCUUUUGCUGUGUUUGAUGACACUUUGCUCCUGGUUGACCCAACUGCAGAGGAGGAACAUCUGGCUACAGGAACACUAACAGUAGUAAUGGAUGAGAAGGGCAGGCUCUGUUGUCUUCACAAACCAGGUGGAAGUGGACUGAAUGGAGCUAAACUUCAGGACUGCAUGAGUCGAGCAGUUACAAGACACAAAGAAGUUAAAAAACUAAUGGAGGAAGUAAUUAAGAGUAUGAAACCCAAAUAAACAGUCACAAUGCUUUCAAAACCGAUUUGUAAAAAUUGUAUUUGUUACACUGUGCACAAACUUUUAUACUAAAUAAAUAUAUCAAACCACA